AUGUUUUGUGAUGCAUUAACCAUGUAUUAUAAGAUAAAAUCAUUGCCAGCCUACUUUGAGCCUUGGAAUGAGCUAGCGUCUUCACUGCCUGACCUGAUCAGAGAGAAGAAAUUAAGGGAUGCUGUCGCAGAGCUGCCAUUGCUGGACCAUAACCAGCUCAGGGAAUACAGUGAGUGGAGGCUUGCUCAUCUGCAGCUGUCUCUGAUUACUGCUGGAUAUGUGUGGCAGAAUGGUGACAAGGGGGUUACACAGGUUCUCCCAAAAAGCUUGGCAUAUCCUUUCUUCAACAUAUCUAGCCAACUUGGUCUUCAGCCGGUUCUGUCCCAUGCUGAUUUAGCUUUGGCAAAUUGGUCCAUCAUUGACCAAAAUGGACCCUAUGAUUUCGAGAACCUGGAAUGUUUAUACCAUCUUCCUGGUGGAAAAGCUGCAGACUGGUUUUGUAUGGUUACAUUUAUGGUGGAGCUGAGCUUUGCUAAAUGCAUGCAGUCUAUAGUGAGGAUUCUAGAACUGUUGGGCUCAGCUGGUAAUCUCAGUGCUGGUGUGGCAAGGCAUGAGGAGCAGACAGAGACUGAAGUAUCCCAGUGCCUACAGCAAGUGAGCACAGCUAUGAACACUAUGCAGGAUUCAUUAGCCAGGAUGCGUGAUAAUCUUGAAGCAAACGUGUUCUUUAAUGUGAUACGGCCAUUUCUUAGUGGAUGGGGAGGAGACACCAACCCACUUCCAGAGGGACUGAUUUAUGAGGGGAUUUCUGAUACUCCAGUCAAAUUGACGGGAGGCAGUGCAGCACAAAGUACAACGCUGCAGGUUCUGGAUGCUUUGCUUGGCAUUAAACAUAUUCAAGAUAAACGAGAGUUCCUUGUGAGAAUGAGGGAAUUCAUGCCUCCAGAACAUAAACAUCUUAUUGAGUACAUAGAACAGCUACCGUACACCCUAAGGGACUUUGUGACAUCCAGCAGUAACCAGGUUGUCAAGGCUGCUUACAAUCAUGCAAUAUCAACACUGACUGAACUCAGGGACUACCACAUUCAGAUUGUGAAAAUGUAUGUUGUCUUACCUGCCAAGAAAGCUAAUGAGGGCAACUAUGAAAGUCUGGAUAAUAAGGGGACUGGUGGCACAAGUCUCAUCCCAUUUCUGAAAGACAUUUGGGCAGACACCAGAGAGAGACUGUUGGCAGACAACCAGACAAGUUUGAAUGCUUCAGAUGGACACUCCAGUGUUGCAGGGCUGACUGUCUUGGCAGCUUUAGCUGCAGCUGCUGUGAUUUUGGGAUUUUCUGCUGUAUCUGCUCUUCGAAGAUAA